GACCUCUCGGGAUACAAGUCCACUUCUCUAGCGCCCUUCGUCAUAACCCGCGAUUGCCUGCUGAUGGGAAAUGGGAGGAACCUGGAAAGCGCCAGGUCACGAUUGAGCCCAAACCUUGGUUGCUCGCACCCUCUAUUAUCUCGCAACCUUCGCUCGGGACCGGCCCGGCACUUUGUGCCAAUUACGCUCGUUUUCAAGCCCCUUGCCGCUUCAGCUCGGGUGUUCGCCUGCUGUUCCUGAUCCUGAUCAAACCGAGCCCAUCCAUCCCACCCAGUGAUCCCACCCACUCGCCAUUUACGCGACCAACACACUCCAACGGGUCUCCCCAAUACCAGACCGCGCUCCGACACCCGCCCCUCCAGCCGCACGCCCACUUCGAUCAGCCAGUGCCGGGCACUCGAUGGGCUUACGCUGAGCCGCCCAAGUCUUGGAAAUACUGGCGGCCAGCCCAUAUUAUACACGCCGCCAUUGACACUCAAUUGUUGGCCGCGUGUUGGGGUCGGUUGCUUUCGUCGCCCUCACUCUCCUUCACGCUUGUUCCGCCAGCAGAGGCGCCGCAGUCACAAUGGAGUCUGCGCCAAGCAGCGCCAUGCGCUGCCUCGCCCUUUUCUGUCUACUUUUCGCACUUGAAGUGCAUGCCUUCUACAUUCCAGGCUGGUCGAUAAGAAGCUACAAGGAAAAGGAAGAGAUUCCGCUACUCGUCAACAAGGUGUAUUCGGACCACACGCAGCUCCAAUAUGCCUACUACGACCUCCCCUUCGUCUGCCCGCCCACGGGCGCGCGCCAUGGCGGCCUGCUCAGCGGGCAGACCAUCUCCCUCAACCUUGGCGAAGUUCUUCGCGGCGACCGCAUCGCUUACUCGGAUCUCGAGCUGUCCAUGAUGGAGGACCGGCCUUGCAACCUCCUCUGUAACCGCGAAAUCAGCAGAGGGGAACUCAAUCGGGCCGUCGACAUGGUCCGCGACGGCUAUGUUGUCGAGUGGAUUGUUGAUAAUCUCCCCGGGGCGACUUCGUUUGUCACAGUGGACAAGUCACGCAAGUACUACGCAUCUGGCUUCAAGCUUGGCUUCACGGACCAGUCGAGCGGACGGCCGCACUACUUCCCCAACAACCACCACACCAUCGUCGUUCGAUAUCGCAACGCGCCUGGCAAGGCAGGGGAGCGAGGCGGAAAAGUCAUUGUUGCGUUCGAGGUCUACACAAAAAGCGUCGGGCCCGACGUCAAGCGCGAUGCCUCGGGGUGCCCCGCCGACACGCACAGCAUCGAACAGAACUUCGAGCUGUUCAUGCGCUCGAAUCGCUCGUCCGCCUCAAGCACCGCUCAUGCUGGCAACCCAUACCACCAAGCCGAGGAAGCCGACAUGAACGACGACUCUGCGAAACUCACCAUCCCCUACACGUACUCAGUUUACUUCCGCGAAGACACGUCCAUCGAGUGGAGCCGGCGCUGGGACCUGUACUUUGUCAACCAGGAGGAGGGGUCGCGUAUUCACUGGCUGGCAAUCGUCAACUCGCUCGUCAUAUGCUGUCUUCUUACCGCUGUGACCCUGAUGAUCCUGGCCAGGACCGUCCGUACCGACAUCAAGGGCUACAAGGACCGCGCCGAAGAGGGCAAGUCUCGACUCUUGCGCAAGGGCGCCAAGUCGCCAGGCAGCCGGCCUCGGAGUCCCCGGCUACUCGGCGAGAAGUCGGGCGGUGGCCUGCUCGAACAGGAAGCCGCCGCCGCCGAAUAUGCGGACGAGGUGCAUUCCUCAGAGGAUGAGCAGGCGCUGGAGGAUGUGACAGGCUGGAAGCUGCUACAUGGCGACGUCUUCCGAUCCCCCGCACUCGGCUUCCUGCUCGCGCCUCUGGUUGGGUCCGGCAUGCAGCUUCUGUUCAUGGCCGUGGGGCUGGUGCUACUGAGUGCUUUGGGCGUGCUGAACCCUAGCUUCCGGGGUGGCUUCAUCAGCUUUGGAUUGGGGCUUUUUGUCGUGGCCGGCACGUUCGCAGGCUAUUUCUCGGCGCGCAUAUACCGCACUUUCGAAGGCAAGGACUGGCGCCGCAACACGCUCGUCACGGCGCUGCUUAUCCCCGGGCUGCUUUUCGGUGUCGUGUUCGUGGUCAAUCUCUUCGUCUGGGCCCAGGCCUCGAGCACGGCUAUUCCUUUCGGCACGCUGAUUGCUCUCUUGUUCCUCUGGUUGGCGGUUCAGCUGCCACUCGUCUAUGUCGGCUCCUGGUACGGUUUCGUCCGUGCUGGCUCCUGGGACCAUCCCACCAAGACUAUUGCCAUGCCCCGCCAGGUGCCCCUGCAGCCCUGGUACCUCAAGGGGUUCGCGUCGAUCCUCCUCGCCGGCGUGAUCCCGUUCGUCGUCAUCUUUAUAGAGCUGCUGUUUGUGUUCCAGUCGGUAUGGCAGGACAAGAGCGGCUACUAUUACGUCUUCGGGUUCUUGGCCAUGGUGUCAUUUAUCCUCAUUAUCACGGUGGCGGAGGUGACUGUCGUCACCAUCUAUGUGCAACUCUGCCACGAGAACCACCAGUGGUGGUGGCAGUCAUUUUUCAUCGGCGGCAGCAGUUCGGUCUUGAUCUUCCUCUACUGCAUAUGGUACUAUUUUACGAGCCUGCACAUCACCGGCUUCGUGAGCAGCGUACUCUUUUUCACGUACAGCUUCAUGGCCUGCUGCGUUUAUGGCCUCCUGACUGGCACUGUUGGAUUCCUCAGCGCAUAUGCCUUCAUCAGGAGGAUUUAUGGAGCCAUCAAAGUGGACUGAGCGAACGCACGCUCGAUCCGUCCUAGUGUGUACUCUACGAAACUAGGGCAGCCCAUCUUCAGGGAGAGCUGAAAUGCUCACCAAAAACCGGCGGGCCUGCGACUCUAAAAAAAACGCAGCAAAGCUAAUAUACAGCAAUCGGUCUUGUUAAAGCAGUACAAGACUCGGAGCGACGCCCUGGAUCAUCAUCGCGUCGCCACGCCAUCGACUAAUCCCGAGCUUUCGAUACCCAGGAAUCGCAGCAAUGAUGGUUUUAAUGCGCAUCUGCGGUAUAGAUGCUGUUCGUCUCACUUUGUUUCUUGACAGAAUUUUGGCCGCAUACAUGCCGCAGCUGAUGUUCUGUUUCCAUCCGCACGCACAUACAGAUGGCGGGAUGGCAGUAAUGCAAGGUCCGGCUUGAGUUCAAGUUCUGGCCAUAAUCACGUAUGGAUGGUGGACUGUACAUCAACAUGAAGGUAUCUUUUUUAUUUUUUUUAUUGUUCUUCUGUCAGCCAACGCGCUCCUGCCUGAUUUGCAGGUUGGAUCAUACACAAUCUACACGACCAGUAAUGUUGCCCUGGCUUUUUGGGACUAGAUAAUCCUGGAUUGUUGCUGCUAUUGGUCAUGGGCUUUUCUCUAGCCCGAAACCUGGUGAGACACUGGGCUGCUUUAGAGCGGAAGAGCGGGUGACCCUGCGCGUCCGUGACAGGCUCUCUUGUGACUUUUUUUCUGGUGUUUUGCAAAAAGCACCGUGCAUUUGGCAGAGGAGGAAUGAAGGACGGGUUCGCCGAGGCUCGAGUGUAGCGAUCCCCACGCAGGACCUAGUGCUUUCACCGUCCCGCCAGGAAAACGUCAAGAAAUCCCCGGGCGCCCCCUCGGGUAACCCUACAGCCGUGCGAAGCCUCGGCGAUCCGGAUUGGCGGGGAGAGGGUGUUGGCGAGGUCGGCGACCCGCGUGGAGAUGGAAAGAACGGAGACAUGGGGAUACCUAGCCCCCGGCACGCCAGCCAAGGUUGGCAAAUUUGCCUUUUCCUCCCCACACAUAACCUAUACGCACAACGUCUUUUCGGGAUUCAUUUGAUAGACUUUCUCGCGUCCAAGUGGGUUCGCUCUCCGUCUGCGUCGUGUAAGAGGUUCUUGUCGCUUGCCGAGCCCGGCGAGAGGGAUUUUCAACUGUAUCCCGGCAUGUAUUUUUUUCAACAAGAAAAAGGGGUCGUUCCCUCCCAAUAUAUUAG